AUGUUGGACCAAAUGGCGAAUGAAAUCAAGCUCAUAUCUGGGAGCUCCCACCCAGAGCUCAGUGCUCUGGUCGCUAACCGACUUGGCAUCAGCAUCGCCAAUACUAUGAGCCUCAACUACUCCAACCAAGAGACUAGUGUGUCGAUUGGCGAGUCUGUUAGAGAUGAAGAUGUCUUUAUUCUUCAGUCGACAGCGCCUGGCGAUGUCAAUGAUGGCCUGAUGGAACUGCUCAUCAUGAUCCACGCCUGCCGCACUGCCUCGGCUCGUCGUAUCACGGCUGUGAUCCCCAACUUCCCCUACGCACGCCAGGACAAGAAAGACAAGUCCCGUGCCCCCAUCAGCGCUAGGCUGAUAGCAAACAUGCUGCAAGUUUCUGGAUGCAACCAUGUCAUAACUAUGGACCUGCAUGCCUCACAGAUCCAGGGCUUCUUCAAUGUUCCCGUAGAUAACUUGUAUGCCGAGCCAUCAGUCUUGCGAUGGAUUCGUGAGAACCUGGACGCCGAAAGCUGCGUCAUCGUCUCUCCUGAUGCCGGCGGUGCUAAGCGUGCCACUUCAAUUGCUGAUCGUCUCAACACUGGCUUUGCUCUGAUCCACAAGGAGCGCCCAAGGCCCAAUGUCGUUGGCCGAAUGGUGCUCGUCGGUGAUGUUCAGGACAAGGUUGCCAUCCUUGUGGAUGAUAUGGCGGACACUUGUGGAACACUUGCAAAGGCGGCGGAGACCCUUAACCAGCACGGUGCUCGUCAAGUAUUUGCCAUUGUUACUCACGGUAUCCUCAGUGGUAAGGCCAUUGAGACUAUUAACAACUCCUGUUUAUCUGGCCUUGUUGUUACCAACAUUGGCGAUAAAACAGAGCGAUGCCCUAAGCUCAAGGUCAUCGACGUGGCUGGCACACUGGCCGAGGCUAUUCGACGAACCCACAAUGGCGAAUCGGUAUCAUAUCUUUUUACGAAUGUUCCUGUUUAA